ACGACUCUAACAGCAUCUUCAUGCUACGCGUGCUUUCGUCACAGACGGCCGGAAUGCCUUUGCUCGUGGAUCUUGCGGGUACCUUUCCAUGAUAAGCUUUUUGAAAGUGACCGUGAUCCACCUUGUCGAGACCCGCAGCUUCCUCUUGCGUCGUGCCAGCAACAUCUUGUACAGCUCCUUCUCCGCGUCAGGGAACCACAGCCGCCGUCGAGUGCAUGUCGCCAUCAGACUACUCCGCACCUUGUCAGCUGCCUGCUGCACGAGAGAGUCUUCAUCCUUCUGCCAUUUGCUGAUAUUGCUGGCCGAGAUCCCUGACUUAUGUUCCAAGUAAAAGAGAGGGGUCAUACCGAAGUGCGCACGAACCUCCGUUGACCGCGACUCUAGAUCUCGCAGCUCCAUAAUAACACCGACCUUCUCGCGCGAGGUGUACCGUCUCCUCGAGGCUGCUCCACACGUUUUCUUUGGUGGCGACUCCGUUUGUGAAAAGCCGUCGUUCACGAGGUUGUUGUUCCGCUCGGCUCCAGGGCGUAAAGGCUGCAGCACAAACGUCACGGACCCUGGCGGACAUGUCGCGCCGCAUCCGCGACUCUCUCCAUGGUGAAACGCAACGUGCCAGCAACGUCCUGACGGUGUCCCACCCCAAGAGAAGAGAUGAUGCCCCCGCCCCCUUCCUGUUCGUUGAACACUACCGUUGAACUGAGAUCUUCGCUUCACGCUCGUGGUCAGUUUUGAUGUGCACCCCAAGGCCCUGGGUGUUGAAGAAAGGACGGUUGCACUUCGUACAAGGCACUGUCGGUUGAGACGGUGGAGGCGCGGCAAAAUUGAUGUUCGUGAUCUCCUCCGUGCUGCCGUCCCCACGCGUACGCACCACCUGCACAGAAACGGGGGAGGGAGGGCAUCGGAGGGCGGUGGUAUUGUUCAUUCCUGCUCGAGUUUAUUAUUUGUUGUUUGAAAGAUAGCAACAUAAACUCGUUCAACAAAGAGUGCUGAAGCGGGUAAGGCCAGCACAGCAGCAUGUAUGAAGACGCAUGUCGGAAAGGGUUGACAAAAAAAGAGGCGAACCUGGUACGGAGGCACGCUGGCGACUUACUGCUACAGACAUGUUCUUGCCAUUAAGUGCGAGCAGAAGCGGCUCAAAAAUCAUUUUUAUGCGGCAUUUCAACAAUAAUUGUAAGCGUUGGGAUCAUUCAUCACGUGGUUGACAGCAGCAGCGGUAUGACGCAAAUCGAAGACAAAGAAUAGCAGAAAAACUCACGCAAACAGAAAGAGACUCACAACACAGAGCAUUCGAUGCCAACAAUACAUACAAGUAGAAGUAAAGUGUAUUUUGGACACAAAAAAAAACAAAAACAAAUUGAAAAAAAAUACUGGUCUGUCCGCAUCUCGGUGGCGCUGAAUAAAUUUUAACGGUAGUGUUAUAUACGACACCGGUGUCGUACUUCCUUAUAUACGACACCUACCAUUUCUUGGCCCACAGGGCUCCAAUCGGCGUACAACAAAAUGCGCUGUGUAGCCACGGCCCGCAGCUAUCAGCCCAUACCAUUUUGGGUCAAAUCGGCCGAGUGGUUACGGAGAAAGAGCCGAAAAUAGGGGGCUCCGCAACUUAUCGGGGGGGUGUCAGCGACGUUCCGGUCAUAACUCCUUGCACAG